UGACUCAGUGACAGGCAUGCUAGUUCCCUUUAUACUGCACAAAAACACAUCAUCUUUCUCUUUUCUUUUCUUUCCCCCCCUCACUCACUUACUCUGACACAAGAUUUUUGGGUGAAUAAGAUUCUAUUCUACCAUGGAAAGAAGCAACUAAAUUUCUUUUUCUUUUCUUUUCUUUUCUUCUUUUGAACAUCAAAUCAAAUUUAAGAAACAACAUCCAUUUUAAAACAGUUCACAUUUUCAACAACAUCAUCAUUAUAAGUUUCAGUUAGUUAAGGAAUCUAAAGUUUUAGUACUAUAUUCCUGUCUUGUUUCUUCAAAAUUCCUAUUCAAAAUGAUGAAGCCAAGAAGAGUUAUAUCUCUUCUUUGUUUUGUGUUUUUCUUGUUUUUGUGCUUUUCAAGUUCACAUGCUUUGCUUUCUUCUAAAGGAGUAAACUAUGAAGUGCAAGCUUUAAUGAGUAUAAAAGACUCUCUAGUGGAUCCACAUGGUGUUCUUGAAAAUUGGGAUGGUGAUGCAGUUGAUCCAUGUAGUUGGACUAUGGUUACAUGUUCCAGUGAAAAUCUUGUUACUGGCUUGGGCACUCCAAGUCAAAGUUUAUCAGGUACUUUAUCUCCAAGCAUAGGGAAUUUAACCAACCUUCAGAUGGUGCUGCUACAGAAUAACAACAUAACCGGAUCAAUCCCUUCGGAAUUAGGAAAACUUCCUAAGCUUCAAACUCUUGAUCUGUCUAAUAAUUUCUUCAAUGGUGAAAUUCCUACCUCUCUUGGUCACUUAAGAAGCCUUCAAUACUUGAGGUUGAAUAAUAACAGUCUUGUUGGUGAAUGUUCGGAAUCACUAGCUAACAUGACACAACUUGUUUUACUUGAUCUGUCCUACAACAAUCUUAGUGGACCAGUACCAAGAAUUUUGGCGAAAUCAUUUAGCAUUGUUGGUAAUCCUCUUGUUUGUGCUACUGGAAAUGAACCAAACUGUCAUGGGAUGACAUUGAUGCCAAUAUCCAUGAACUUAACCAAUACACAAGAUUCUGUACCACCAAGCAAACCAAAAGGUCAUAAAAUGGCUAUUGUGUUUGGCUUGAGUCUUGGAUGUCUCUGCCUAAUAGUCAUUGGUUUUGGACUUGUUCUUUGGUGGAGACACAAGCAUAAUCAACAAGCAUUCUUUGAUGUCAAAGACCGGCACCAUGAAGAAGUUUACCUUGGAAACUUGAAGAGGUUUUCAUUCAGAGAACUCCAAGUUGCUACAAAUAACUUCAGCAGCAAAAACUUAGUUGGAAAAGGUGGUUUUGGAAAUGUUUACAAAGGAGUUCUUUCAGAUGGCACUGUAAUAGCCGUAAAGAGGCUUAAAGACGGCAAUGCAAUCGGAGGAGAGAUUCAAUUUCAGACUGAAGUUGAAAUGAUUAGCCUUGCAGUUCAUAGAAACCUUCUCAGACUUUAUGGAUUUUGCAUGACAUCAUCAGAAAGGCUUUUAGUUUAUCCUUACAUGUGCAAUGGAAGCGUUGCGUCCCGUUUGAAAGGUAAACCGGUCUUGGAUUGGGGAACAAGGAAGAACAUUGCAUUAGGAGCAGCAAGGGGAUUAUUAUACCUUCAUGAACAAUGUGAUCCGAAGAUAAUCCAUAGGGAUGUAAAAGCUGCAAACAUAUUGCUUGAUAACUAUUAUGAAGCUGUAGUUGGUGAUUUUGGUUUGGCAAAGCUUUUGGAUCAUCAAGAUUCACAUGUCACAACUGCAGUGAGAGGAACUGUAGGGCAUAUUGCACCGGAAUAUCUGUCCACAGGACAAUCCUCCGAGAAGACUGAUGUGUUUGGGUUCGGCAUUCUUCUCCUUGAGUUAAUCACAGGUCAGAGAGCCUUAGAAUUUGGAAAAGCAGCUAACCAAAAAGGAGCCAUGCUUGAUUGGGUGAAGAAAAUUCAUCAAGAGAAGAAACUUGAAUUACUAGUAGACAAAGAUCUAAAGAGCAACUAUGACAAAAUUGAGCUUGAAGAAAUGGUUCAAGUGGCUCUCUUAUGUACUCAAUAUCUUCCAAGCCAUAGACCUAAAAUGUCCGAGGUUGUACGCAUGCUCGAAGGUGAUGGACUAGCCGAAAGAUGGGAAGCUUCUCAAAAAACCGACACUUCCAAAUUCAAACAUCAAGAAUCAUCUUUAUCAGAUAGAUAUUCUGAUCUUACUGAUGAUUCUUUGUUAUUAGUCCAAGCAAUGGAGCUAUCAGGACCAAGGUGAAUUAUUUAGUCAAUAAAUAAAUUUUAUUUUUUAUGUGAAAGUGUUUCUAAAGAAUGAGUAUGAAAUCAAGAGUAUAUGAUAGUUGAGUCUGUUUGUAUGAUAGAAGGUUUUGUUUACUUUCAAAUGUACAUAAUCUGAUUUUUUGAAUGUUAAUUUGUAAUGCAAAUUUUGUAAUGUUAUAAAUCAACAACAAAAACUUGUAUUAGGUUAUUUGGUUUUGUGGUGAAAAAUCUUGUGCUUAUAUUGUACAA